AUGGCCGAUUCCGAAUUGCCCACUCGUCCCAAGCCCGAGGUGACCCCGGAGGCCGGCGCGCCCGCCGCGGAGGGCGACUCCAAGAGCGCCAGCAAGAACGCAGCGAAGAAGGCCGCCAAGGAGAAGGCCAAGGCCGAGAAGGCCGCUGCUCGCGCUGCACAGGAGAAGGCUCAAGCUGCCGCUCAGGAAGCCAACGACACCGCCAAGCACCUCUAUGGCCAACUCCCCGAAACCGAAGACGUCAACCCCUCCACGCGAUUCAGUGAUUUCAGCGACGAGCACCACGAGAAGGAGGUUACUGUUGUCGCCCGUGUGGACAAUGCGCGUGUCCAGAGUGCCAAGCUGGCUUUCUUGAUGCUACGCCAGCAGGGUCAGAAGAUCCAGGCAGUAAUCGCGGCCGCCGAGCCCAUCUCUCGACAGAUGAUCAAGUAUACUGGUGGAUUGAACGUCAACUCUAUUGUUCAGGUUACUGGUCUGAUCAAGAAGCCCGAGAUUCCCAUCUCUUCUGCCACUAUCCAGAACCUUGAGAUCCACAUCCGCAAGGUCUACAUGAUCUCCGAGGCUGCGCAGAUGCUGCCAAUGCAGGUGAAGGAUGCUGAGCGCCCUCCUCCCGUUGAGACCGCGGACGAGACUCCUCAGGUCGAUGCUGAGGGUGCACCCAUCGUCACUCUCAAGACCCGUCUGGACAACCGUGUACUGGAUCUUCAGACCGAGACCAGCCAGGCCAUCACCUGGAUCUCCAGCGGUGUUGCCCAGCUAUUCUCCGAAUACAUGAUCAAGAGCGGUUCCCGAUGGAUCUUUACCCCCAAGCUCGUCGGUGCGGCUACCGAGGGUGGCAGCAACGUGUUCGAGGUCAAGUACUUCAAGCGCAACGGCUACCUGGCCCAGAGCCCUCAACUGUAUAAGCAAAUGUGUAUUGCUGGUGAUAUGGAAAAUGUGUUCGAAAUUGCCCCCGUGUUCCGUGCCGAGGACAGCAACACCCACCGCCACUUGACUGAGUUCGCCGGUCUCGAUUUCGAGAAGACCUUCGAGCACCACUACCACGAAGUUCUCGAGUUCGCUGAGGAUCUCUUGGUCUUUAUCCUCUCCCAGCUCAAGGAGCGCUAUGCCGCCCAGAUUGCUACCAUCCAAAAGUCCUACCCUAAGGCCGGUGACUUCAAGCUGCCCAAGAACGGCAAGGCUCUGCGCCUGAACUACAUGGACGGUGUUGCUCUUCUGAAGGAGGCCGGUGUGGACAUGUCGGAGCAGGAGCGCUUUGAGAACGAUUUCACCACCGCCAUGGAGAAGCAGCUUGGACAGAUCAUCCGCGAGAAGUACGACACCGACUUCUACGUCUUGGACAAGUUCCCUAUGGCUGUCCGUCCCUUCUAUACUAAGGCCGAUCCCAAGGAUGCCCGCUUCUCUAACUCGUAUGACUUCUUCAUGCGCGGUGAGGAGAUCAUGUCUGGAGCUCAGCGCAUUCACAACGUAGAUGAGCUAGAGGCGUCGAUGCGCGCCAAGGGUCUGGACCCCGCCCAGGAGGGUUUUGAGGACUACCUCAAUGCUUUCCGCCAGGGCUGCCCGCCGCACGCCGGUGGUGGAUUGGGUCUGAACCGUAUUGUCAUGUUCUUCCUGGGUCUGCCGAACGUGCGUUUGGCGUCGCUGUUCCCUCGUGACCCUCAGCGUCUGCGCCCGUAA